AUCCUGUCAUGUCUCAGUGUGGGAAAAUUCCUCUUAUGAUCUGAUGACAAAAGAUGGCUCAGCAGAAAUUGAGCAGAAUGAGGAAAGAGGUUCAAAUGCUCACCAAUGACCCUCCAUUUGGUGUGUCCUGUUGGCCCAAAGAGGGAAAACUCGAUUGCCUUGAGGCGAAACUACAAGGUGCACAGGAGACACCGUACGAAGGAGGCAUUUUCAAGCUUGAAAUCAACAUUCCAGAUCGAUACCCCUUCGAGCCCCCGCAGGUGAAAUUCAUCACUAAAAUCUACCACCCUAACAUCGACACGGCUGGUCGAAUUUGUCUAGACGUGUUAAAAUCUCUUCCGCAAGGCUCCUGGAAACCAGCUCAGAACAUUUCCACUGUACUAACGUCCAUUCAACUCCUACUAGCCGAGCCUAAUCCUGACGAUGGGCUAAUGGCCGAAAUUUCCUUGGAGUAUAAACACAAUCGUCCAUUGUUUAUGGAGACGGCCCGAAAAUGGGUGCAGCGUUAUGCGUGUGAGGAUGUCGUGACAACCAGUGGAGAGGGUGUGCUCGGCAAACGCAAGAACACUUCUGAAUCAGUGGACACUAGUAGCAACAAAAAACAACACACUGACUAA